AUGAAGGGACAGAACAAAAGCUCAACUUCUUCUUGUAAUAUACAUCCAGUAGAUUUUGUUGAAGGUGUGUGUCCUCUUUGUCUUAACGAGAGGCUUCUGGUCUUAGCUACUCUACAGAGUCUACGUCCUAAAUCUCCUUCAGUUUCAUACCAAACCAAACAAGAACCCAAAGUCAUCCUUCAAGAUCCACCUAGAAAGAAACCUAUCAGAGUGUCCUCCUUAUUUAGCUUCUUCGAACUCCGACAUCAUUAUGAUCAGAAGACUGAUCACCAAAACACCUCUAUCAUUAGUCCAGAAGAUUCAUUCAUUUCGAUCAACUUCGAAGACAACCAAGCAACUUCAUGGGAUAAAGGAAAAGAACAUUGCAAGGCUUCAUGUAAUUAUCAAUAUCAACAUGUCAUGCUCGACAAGAAGAAGAUGGAGAUUGUUCCUCAGCCUAUGCCACGUUCUCAACUAACGUGGAGGAAACGGAUUCGUCGGCUCUUGCGAGUCAUCAGUUUCAAGAACCGGUCUAGAGCAUGCCAUUUGUCUGCCAAGGUUGAAGAUGAAGAUGACUUGAGAAGAAGUUGGCUAAGGCCUUUGUCCCCCACCACCAACAAGACACCCCCAAUUUAGUUUACUCAUAACUGCAAUAUUCAUUUGUUUAAAUAUUAUGUUAUUACAACUAUUUUUCUCUCUUACAAUAAAAUUAGGACGACUUUUCCUUGUUA